CCUGGGAUGAACCAUCCCGCAGCUGUCCCUCCCUGCAGGGCAGGGCAGGGAGGUAGCAGAAAGAGCCGUGCUUAUCAAACCCUGCUUCUUUAAACAGGCUCUUCGCUGCCUGCAGUCAAAGCCACGCUAUGCUUAACGUCACCGGGGAGCAAAAAUAGCCGGCACGAGUGGAGGGAGGGGAAUGGGAGUAUUAAGAGCGCCCAGAUUUCAAACAUACUUGGCUUGACAGAGCGCUCCCUCCCUGCCCCUGCCGCUCCAGAUGCGACGGAGCACCGCGAUCCCUCACUCUCUGCCCAUGAAGAAGGAUUCUCUUCUUUCUAUUUUUCCCCCUCUUUUUCUGUUUUUCUUUCUUCAAGUUUCAGCUUCGACACAGCUAGAUAGAUUUUUUUUGUUUUCUUUCUUUCUUGUAGGAAACUUCAUCUGCCGGAUUUAAAAGCAAGUGGAGAAUGCAGAUGGUCCUUGGAUGAGACACAGCUAAGAAAUGGUUCUGCACCUCCCAGCAGCCGCGUUCCUCGGAGCAGAAAGAACCCUCUGUGACAUGAGCAAAGCUUCUGGCAUUUAAACCCAGGAGGAUGUCCCUAAGUGACGAGCUGGAGAGCCACUUCUCUGCCACCCCCUACGCGGUGACAGACACGAGUGAGGACGGCGUGUUCAGGAUCAGGCCCAACGCCUCGGCCAACGGCACCGGGGACGGCGCGUGGGCGGCGGGCUCCGCCGAGGACAUGGUGGCCAUCUGCACCAUCGGCGCCAUCCUGUCGCUCAUGUGCGUCGUCGGGGUCACGGGCAACGUCUACACGCUGCUGGUGAUGUGCCACUACCUGCGCUCCUCGGCCUCCAUGUACAUCUACAUCAUCAACCUGGCGCUGGCCGACCUGCUCUACCUCCUCACCAUCCCCUUCAUCGUCGGCACCUACUUCAUCCAGAAGUGGUACUUUGGGGACGUCGGCUGUCGCAUCCUCUUCAGCCUGGACUUCCUCACCAUGCACGCCAGCAUCUUCACCCUCACGGUGAUGAGCACCGAGCGCUACUUUGCCGUGCUGAAGCCCCUGGACACGGUGAAGAGGUCCAAGAGCUACCGCAAGGCCAUCGCUGUGGUCAUCUGGCUGGUGUCACUGCUGCUCACCCUCCCCAUGCUCAUCAUGAUCCAGCUGGUGCAAAGGGACAACAAAAGCAUCUGCCUGCCCACCUGGAGCAAGCUGUCCUACAAAGUCUAUCUCUCCAUCCUUUUUGGCACCAGCAUCGUGGGCCCGGGGGUGGUCAUUGGCUACCUCUACAUCCGCCUGGCCAGGAUUUACUGGGUGUCACAGACUGCGUCCUUCAAGCAGACCAAGAGGCUGCCCAACCAGAAGGUGCUCUAUUUAAUCUUCACCAUAGUGCUGGUCUUCUGGGCUUGCUUCUUGCCUUUCUGGAUAUGGCAGCUCCUCUUCCAGUAUUAUGAGUCCUUCUCUUUAUCUCCCAAGGUGAUGAAGAACAUUAAUUACUUGACAACCUGCCUGACCUACAGCAACAGCUGCAUCAACCCCUUCCUCUACACCCUGCUCACCAAAAACUACCGGGAGUACCUGAAGAACAGGCAGAGGUCCCUCAGCAGCAGCAGUGGGUAUUUCCAGAGGAGGAAUCGCUUUCAGAGGAUUUCAGGGAGGUCCCUGUCCACGAGCAGCCAGCACUGCACAGAGACUUAUGUCCUUGCUCACGCACCCCUGGGAAACAGCAGUGCCUGAAGGUAAAAUACAUCUCCAAGAACAAUCAAUAUUGACUUCAAUGUUGCUUUGAUUUAAAGUGUACAUUGUACAGGCGAAGCCUUGGCAGACCCAGAAUGUGCACACAUUUAUCCAGAGGCUGUGCCAUGUGUCUGUUCUCAUUUCUUCAGUGCCACUGAUUUGAUGCUAGCAGCACUCGGCUGAACAUUUAUCUAAAUAGCCUUUCACUUUUUAUCUUUAUAUUCUAUAGUGUAUGUCUCCUCAAGUAGCCAUCAAUAAUGAAAGCCCAUAACAGAGCCGUGAUUUUUAACAGUAUCAGCUGUCUCACAACGUUUAAAAUUAUGUUACCCCA